GGGUUGGAUGGAUAUUUAUAAGUAUUUAAAUUAUAAAAUCAAUAAUGAAUGAUAAGAAAGAAGAGAUAGAAACCUUUCAUUUUGUUAAUCAUUCAAGUUAUUCUAUAACAUAUCCUCUUGUUACAGAAGAUUUGCAGCAGAUUUAUGGGUUAAGUUCAUUGGCAUCUCGAGUAGCACGAGUAGAUGAGUUUGGUAAUAAGAAAAAGAUGAGACAAUCAUAUAAAGGACAUAUUCAGGAAUUUCCAGGAAAGAAUGUUAUUUUAAAAGAUAGAUUUAUUAGGGAUUUAAUUUUUGGGCCUAAAGAAGGAAAAACAGAGAGAUUUAUUGAAGAUUUAGAUCCAGAGCUAAUUGAGGUGGCAUUUAACCUUUAUCCAGGACCUAUACCGGGAUUUGAUUCAAGUGUUUUUGGAUCAUCAAAUACGGAAAAAAAAAGUGAAUUAUAUAGUGAAAAAGAUGUAGAGAUUUUAGCGCCUUUAGAGAAAAAUAAGCACCAUUCUAAGAAAAAGAAAAGAAAACAUGAUGAUUAUGAACAAUCUGUUGGAUUAGAACAAAAAAAGUAUAAAAAGACAAAUUAAUAUUUAUUGAGUCAUUGUAUUUUUAUAAAGAAACAGGAAACAAG